GUUAAUCAUGGGGACCUCUUUUGAGUCGAGUAGUGCUGUUUUCAUUCUCCCAGAGAACUCAUCUAGAUCAGAGGGACAGAUACUAAAAUUGAAGCACCCUAAAGAUAAUCAAACCUGUCUUGCAUACCUAAGUUUGGAAUCUAAAUCGCUGAAUGAACUAUUAUAUCUAAAAGAAAAGCAUGUUUCAUGGUUUGUUGGUGAUCAUGUUCUUGGAGAUACUAAGCUAAGUAUAGGGACCCCACUUGAUCCAACAUUUAUGAUUAUUCCUUACCUCCUCAAAAACGUGGACAAAUAUUCUCCAUUGGGUCAAAUUCUUGUUGAUGAAAAAUAUCCAUCUGCAAUACAUUUAGAAGAUCUUUUGUCAGAAUCCGACCUCUCACUCGUUGCAGACAUUAAACCAUCACUAGAUAAAAUCAUCAAAUUCAACAAAGAAAAAACAUUGAACUGGCUAUCUGGCAAGGUAAGUAAAGUUGCUUCAGCUAUGAAGAAAUGUGGUAUCUCUCCUGGAUUUAACUCAACUCUAUCAGACGAAGAAUACACAAGGUAUGCUUGUGGAAUUGUUUCAGAUUAUAUAAAUUCGUCUUUGUCAGUAGAUUUACAGGACAGGCUCGGGAUCCAGCUGAGUGUUGAUAACAGUGAGUGUGAAAAACCCGCCAAGAAACCAAAACUGAGCAGUACAAAUGAUCAUGAUGCUUGUAAGCCUGCUAAAAAUUCAGUUCCAAAAGGAAAAGAAAAGGCUCCAAAACGUAAAGCCCAAAAACAGUUAGCUCCUGUCAAUACCAAAGGAAUGAAAUCCAUGUCUUCAUUUUUCAAAAAAGUGGAAACAAAAUGAUGCAGCGAUUCUGAACUAUGAUAUAAAUUAUGAUCUGAUAAAGUAUUGUGUAACGUGUUUCAAUUCAGUUCUUUUUUUAAGUGACUGAAAUAACUAAUUUAACUUUAUGCAAAGUUAAUUUCAAUAUAUAAAUUGACAUUUUUAAUAUUUUUAUUAGAUGCAAAUAGCAUUUUUUAUUUGAUAUGAUAUGUUUCUGAAUAUUUUAAUAUUGUGAAAAAAUAUUAGAUAUUUUAUAUUGUGUUUGUUCAGAGAUCAUUUACAUAUUACGUAAGCCACAUUUUAAAGCUUCCUUUCCUCUCCACAAGCCUUUAAGUAAUAUGUAAAUGAUCCCUAAUGAAAUAUGUAUUCAGGUUUAUCUCACAAUUUAUUAAACUGCAGCUGUUCUCAAUAUAAACAAAAUCAUUCAUAUUUGUAUCGUUCAAUUGCCUCGAAAAGCUUUUGUAUGUAAUGUUGUUGAUACUUGAGACAGUGAAAGUUCUCAUCUAGUGUUAAAUUACUUCACAGUCUACAUCCAGACCUUGUGUUCCGUUGUGCUCUGUAGUGUGUAUGUUUGACAUGAACUCAACAAUAAACAUGUGGUCAUGAAUAUGCUAGUCAUUAAUAAUAAAUUAUCAUUUUAGGCCAGAAAGGUUCACGGAGUGCAGUCAUGACAUCGGCUUUUGAUGACGACGACUUCAGGGGUAACUUCAUCAAUGUCAACGAAUUUGAAGAUGAUGACGAUGAUGUGAUGGAUAACUGGGAAGAUGUUCUUGACGAAGAAGAAGAGGCAGAGAAGAAAAAGAAAGAGAAAGAAGCUGAGGAAGAAAGAAAGAAAAAGGAACGUGAUGAGAAGGUAGCUAAGAGGGCGGCUGAGAAAGCAAAACAGGAGGAGAUCCAAAGAUUAAUGAACGCAAAACCUUUGUCUAAAGAAGAGCAGGAAAAAGCUCAAUUGAAAGCAGCGGAAGAUGCCGCAAACGACUUAUUUGGAUUUGAAAACGAUAGACCGUCAGAAUCUAUGGUAGCAUCAUUAGUUACGUCAACUGCAGGCAUAUCUCUCAAUAAUCCCGACUCCGUUGAUACCUACGUGCCUGUCGAUCCAGAAGAUUUUGCCGAACUUUCCAGAAGAAUCGCUAAAAAGUUAAAGAAUUAUCAGACUGACGAUGGUUAUAUCAGCUUUAUCAGAGAUUUAGUUCCAGAUCUCUGUUCAGAAAUGACGAGCGAUGAUAUUAAAAAGAUUUCGAAUCCUCUAGUUACCCUUACACACGAUAAAUCGCGGCAGGAAAAAGAAGCUAAAAAGUUGGCACAGCAAGCUUCUUCUAAGAAGACCAGUCUUAAAGUACAGAAAAAGCAAACUGACACACGUUCAGACUUUUUGUUGAACGAAUACAAGGAUAUGGGUAACUACGAUGACUUUGAUGACCUGGACGAUUUCAUGUGACGAGCUUUAGAUAAUUUUAGGGAUCUUUUGUAGAAUGAAAUUAUGUGAUUUUCAUUUGGGGUUAAACCUGGGUUAAAUUGGAAUCGAACCGUGAUUUGUAAUAGCAACUUGUUACAUGAUUUACGGGUAAUAACAGAUGUCGUCCUUAAGCGUGUCCAAUCCUAAAACAGCGAAGACCUCUGAAACUUUUUAGUACUUUCAAUACUUUUAACACCUCUGUGGACUGUGUUACUUCCGACAAGGUGGCCUCGGUGAACAUUACUACAGUGUUGAGUUGGUGAAUGCAAUUUGGUUUCUUCUUCAAUGUAUCAUUGAUAAUUUGGUUUUUGACUAUUUGAAUCUUAUUUUUUAAAGUUUUCAGGUUCAAAAUGUUAAACGAGAUUGAUCUGUGAAAACUAUCUUAAAGUUUCUACUAUA